GACCGACAGUCUAAAGAUUAAUUAUCAAAGAAUCUGCAGAAGUUAUUAGAGAACCACACAUUCAGUGUGUGACUCAUAUUUAUAUGUAAUUAUUCAAAGACACGCCCAUAAAUCUGACUCAAUAUAUACUUCAAAAUAAACUGGCUCCAUGGUAACAUUACACUUCCUGUUGACAUCCUCCAAAGCAUUAUGGAAAAUGUUGUUUUGUUGCAGGAGACCAGAGAGCAGAGGAUCACCCAGUACCACGAAGAACCUGAUACUCCGUGUGUCCUGGGUCUGAGGGAGGGGUCUCUGCUGCUGGUUGAGGGAAACAAAGCGACUCUACUGGGAACCACUAAAGCCAGACUGUUCACCAGGGGAAAGCCCCCGGUGGAGUAUGAACCAGGAAGUGAUCUCAGCUACCUGCUGACACGCUGACCAAUCAGAGGACAUGAAGGUCCUUAAGCUUUUAUGAUGUUCUGGAUGACGGAAUGUAGAAAAAGUGAUUAAAUAUUGAAAGAAAA